CAAAACAGCGACGAAGAUGCAAAAUGGCUGACCUGGCUUGAGAGCAAGUUUAAGGAAAUCGCAGGAGCGGAUGGUAAAAUUUACCAAGAAGAAUUUCAAAAGGCGCUUGGACUACGAAAGUCGUUUUUCACGGAACGUUUUUUCGAGCUCUUCGAUGUGGACGGAAGUGGUGACAUCAAACAGGAAGAUCUAAUUCUCGGAUUACGCAUGCUUCUGAAAGGAACUCAUGCACAGAAGCUUCAGUUCCUUUUUGAUGUCUACGAUGCCGAUGGAAGCGGAAGCAUAGACCGUGACGAAUUACUUAACGCCCUAAAGGCGUGCAUGGAAGAAAGCUCGCUAUCACUCUCUGAUGAAAACUUAGCAGAUCUUACUGACGCACUAUUUGACACCGCGGACGAAGAUAAGUCCGGUACGAUCACGUUUGAAGAUCUUCGAAACGAGAUUGAGAAACAUCCAGGCGUUAUAGAGAACCUUACAUUCAGUGUCGCACAAUGGCUACGACCACCUGACAAGAAGAACGAUGGUAAAAGUCGCUUUCGGUACUUCACAAUUGACUACUGCAAGAACAACCUCCGUAAAGUGGUCUACUUUUUGGUGUAUUGGAUUCUCAACGCGGUCCUCUUCGCCGUGGCGAUGUACCAGUAUCGGGAAUAUACCGUCUGGCUGAUGUUUGCGAGAGGUGGUGGCUUAUGCCUGAACUUCAAUUGUGCCUGGGUACUCGUACUGAUGCUGCGCAAGUGUAUCACCUUUCUGCGCAUGACAAAACUAUGUCACGUGCUUCCGUUCGACCAGCAUAUUCUGUUUCAUAGGAUGACGGGCUUUGCCAUAGCGUUCUUUGCAGUGGAACACACGUUUGCACAUAUUGGCAAUGCUGUGGCCAUCACGGUUGAUAACGCUGCUAAUGAAACCCAAGCUUGGGAGGUGCUGUUCACCACAGUUCUCGGCCAUGGGUUGGUCGAGGGCUCGGCCUAUAUAACUGGAUGGAUCCUGAUGAUCAUCUUGAUAGUCAUCGUCAUCUGUUCUCUUCCGUUCGUAAGACGCAGCGGUCAUUUUAAGGUAUUUUACUGGACGCACAUGCUGUACGUCCCCUUCUGGAUCUUACUAAUUAUACACUGCGAUAUAUUCUGGAUGUUCAUUGUUGGACCCGGGGUAAUCUUUCUUUUGGAGAAAGUUUCAAGAUCAAAACUUAUAAAAAUGGUGCGUUAUGGAGACACAUACAUCGAAGGUGUGAAUUUACUGUCCUCCGGUGUGACUCAUCUUGUUAUCUCACGACCAACCAACUUCCGGUAUCGACCAGGUGACUAUGUCUUCAUACAAAUACCGGAAAUAGCAAAGUUCGAGUGGCACCCUUUCACCAUCAGCUCGGCACCUGAAAUGGAAGGUCACAUAUGGUUGCACGUUCGAUCAGCAGGACAUUGGACACGGAAGCUGUAUGAAUACUUCGACAAGUACGACUGUUUUAUUGACGGCCCGUACGGUACGGGAACAAGAGAAGUAUUUGACACAGAACACGCCGUGUUGAUUGGUGCAGGUAUUGGUGUCACACCCAUGGCCUCGAUUCUGCAAAGUGUCUGGUACAGAUUCAGCGAAGAAAGACAGACGUGUCCGAACUGCGACCACGUGUGGUACCCGAUAGACGAGGAGGAGAUGGACAUGAACUUGAAAAAGUUGGACUUUGUAUGGAUAAACAGAGAUCAGAAAAGCUUCGAGUGGUUCCUCACACUGCUGACCAAGCUAGAGAUGGAGCAGAGCGAUCAUUGCGGGCCCCUGGAAAAGUGCAUCCAGAUGCACAUGUACAUGACCGCAGCACAGAAGAAAACCGACAUGAAAGGCAUCGGAUUACAGAUUGCGUUGGAUCUUAUGUACGAGAAAAACAACAGAGAUUUGAUCACGGGUCUUCGAACGAAAACAGAGCCAGGUCGGCCUAACUGGAAUAAAAUAUUCAAAGCCAUCAAGAACGAAAACAAAGGUAAGGUCAAAGUUUUCUUCUGUGGAGCGCCAGCACUUGGGAAAACAGUCAAAGAAGCCGCCGCGAAAUUUGGUUUUGCAUUCUCUAAGGAAAAUUUCUAAAACUCGAUAAUCAAAUUACUUCAUGUGUUCAUGUUUAAUCAAAUUUUGCGCUCAACCACUGUGUGAUUUUUAGAAUGCAAGUUUUAUUUUUAUCUGCAUGACGUUUAUAACAUUAAAUACGUGGCAAUCAUUUUGAAAUUUGAACAAUACCAACAUACCCUAUUGUUAACCGGCGAAUACUAAAUUAAGAGACCUUGCAUCAAAGUCUUAUGUAUCUGCAUAAGAAGUUCGUAAUGCAGAUCGUCGUAUGCACUUGAUCCGAAGUCGAUGUGUUUAUUGACCUGGGUACAACAAGGUGAAUUUGAACGCGAAGGGCCAUACUAGCCGUUUGUGAGGAACGUCAAUUAUGGUAAUUUGAGCACGGUUCGAUGUUAACAUGUGUAAAC